AUGUCAGCCUCUCCAUUGCCAACGCAGUUCAACACGCUUGAUCCGGCAUCUUCCUGCCCCAGGAUCCUUUGCCUCCAUGGCGGAGGCUCAAACUCUCAGAUUUUUCGUAUUGGGUGCCGCGUGCUCGAGGCUCAGUUGUCCAACGAUGCCAGACUAGUAUAUGCAGAUGGCCCUUUCUUUGCACCACCUGGUCCACUCAUAACUGGUGUCUUCACUGAAUGGGGUCCCUUCCGGUCCUGGCUUCCACCAGACCUAGGAGUUGGACCAGGCAAAGGGCAAGGCGUGAAGCUUAUAUACGAAGAUCCUACGGAUGCCGACAUGGUCAUUGAGCAGAUCCACCACAGCUUGCAGAAAGCAAUGGAGGAUGAUGAUCGAAAUGGAGCAACGGGCCCUUGGGUUGGACUCCUGGGAUUCAGUCAAGGGGCUAAGAUCGCAGCGAGUCUACUUUUCAGGCAGCAAACCGAUCCCGAGCGAUUCACAUCCCUUCCUUUCUUUCAGUUUGGUACUCUUGCUGCAGGGCCAGCACCGCUUGUUUGGCUAGGCUCAAGAGAGAGUCAUCAAGUGGGAGGCAAAUCGUCGCUUGACCCUCUGCUUCGAAUUCCUACCCUUCACAUCUAUGGCACGCGUGAUCACCUCGUUCGGUCUUCAGCGGAUUGGCUAUAUCAAUGUUGCUCACCUGACUCAGCAAGACUAUUCGUUUGGGAGGGUGAACAUGUCAUGCCUACUAGAACUAGAGAUGUUUCGGCGAUUGCGGAAAUGAUCAUUGAGGUGCUGCGGGGACUGGCAAACUGA